GUGACGGACGCGUCGUGAGAACUCGAGCCCUGGUUUUUUGGAGUUUUCCCACCGCUACCACCCACCAGACUACAGUAAAUAGAGGGAUCGUCUCUUGCGUAAAGACGACAUAGCUCUGUCUUUCCUUGGGGAUAACCGGAGGCCAAGGGCCUUGGAAAACCCGAUGUUCAGUUCGGCAUGGAAGCUGUCGUGAUAGCGAGUGGAGAAGCUGCUGGGGCCGACCCUCCCAUUUCUUUACCAGCUUUACCGAAAGCCAGGCCGACAAGCAGGAAAGCAAAGGUCGCUCGAAACGUGGCCACUGACCUUGGCGACGUGUGGGACGUUCCCUCCGUGGAGGGCGGAACUACCUUAGUAGAGGAGGGUCCUUCCACGAAGAAGAGAGUAACGAGAGCCAAAGCUGCUCCCAAACCGAAGAAGGCCCCAGCCAAACCCCGUGUGACGAAGCGUAAGGUCGUCGAACCGCCCGUCGAUCCCGAGGUGGAGGUGGAUAAAGCGUCGUUACCCGUAGAGCUCCUUGCGCCCACGCAUGCGAUCGAGGUUAAAGAUGACGACCAGGGACCAAAACCGGUGGAAGCGGGACCGAGGGAGAAUAGCAUACAAAUCGAACGACCCACACGUUCGCGCGUUGUUGCAAAGGUUCCGAAGAGCACCAGCGAUGAAUUUCUUCUCAACGACGAAUCUCGCAUCAAAACUGCUGUAGGCAACGGCCAUGUGAUCAGCGUCAUGCAUGAGACAGGAGAACGCUCGACAGAACAGCAGUCUGAUGCCGAUGAUUCUGUACAGAUCACAUCGGAAGCUGCGUCACGCGGGACAAAAUCGAUGCUUUCAAAUCACUCCACUCUGGUCACCUGGCCUCAAUCCACCGAACGAACAUCCGUCUCUUCCGUGCCAGGCGCAAAAUUGGAGAUACCGCAUGACUCAAGGGAAGGGGAAUAUGGGGAGACAACCACUGCGCCGAGUAAACGAGUCUCGAGGGCACCCAGUGCUCAAAGCUCCACUCGCACCAGAGCACCGAAACGGCUCAAAGUAAAGGAGAAGGCGGAGCAGGUCGCCCCCAAGCCACCGAAAAAGGCGCCUGUAAAGCGAAAAGUUGCUCCACAACUAGGAGAUCUGGUCUUUACGUUUUCAAGGUGUGAGGGGAUCAGAAGAAGAAAAAAGAAAGAGCCAUUUCAGUCAACGGUACUUGAUGCGGGCCGUGCGAAGGAGCUGGUGGAACGAAAGUUGCCCAAAGUGCUGGUCUUCGGACAACACUUACACCAGACUAGGAGCUGGGACGGGUCUUGCCAGAUGGACGAAGAUAUUCCACGGGCCGCUCCCUUGAUGAGGGCAGAAGGAAAUGCGUUGUCUUUGUGGAAUCUCGCCUCUACAAACUGGGAUAUCUCCGCGUUUCCUCCUGCACAUCUGCUGCUCGAUUGUACCUUUGGUCUGCAAAAUUCACAGGACGCACCGUCUCCAUCGCCUGGCGACCCCCCAACGCAGCAGGAGCGAAAGCUCGCGAAGGAGACAGAGGGUCGGAUUCUGACCAUUAUGGCAGUUUACGAUAGUGAGGCGCGGACCAAGGAAAAAGAGCUCGAAGAGGAGAUUGCCCGCUUGAAGCGCACACAUUCCAAUUGGAAGCGCACCCACCUUGCUAAUCGCAAUAUGGAGAUUGAACAAGUGAAGAAACAUGCAGCAAAGGAAGCUCAUCGAAUCCGGCCCCCUGUAGGUACUACUGCGGUUGCAGUGCCUUCUUUGCGUCCUGAGCCGAUUGAGUCGUCACAUCUCGACACGAAACCGACAGAAAGCGAGCAACAACCCGAUGUGAAGAAGAAAUCUUUCGCAACUGUGCUACCUGAGGAUGAUGUCGGGCAUCCGGUGGGGAGCAACCUCGAGCUUACGGUGACAGAUGACCUUGAGGAGGUUGCUGAGCCCGCGCUAGCUUCGCGGGUUCCCGAGGAAGAGGCUGCGGGUGAGAUAAUGCACAAUUUGGAGCAAUCACAAGCUCCGCCGCGUGCCGAAGCAGUCGCGGCAACGCCACCUCCAUCUUCUCCCACUUUCACCAGCACACCGGUGGAACGAGGGGUAUCGACUAGCCCGGAGUUGUUCGAGCCUCCUUCGCGUUCUCGAAUGAAUCGGAAGGGAUCAGGACAUGGGCAGUGUUCACCUAUUGGCUCUUGUCCUUCACCCAUUCUCACAUAUGCGCUGGACGAAGCAGAUCACACUCCCGAACUACCGGACGAUGUUUACCACACUUCGCUCGUUUCCGAUGAUGAGGCCGGUGGUGUUCUAGACCAUGUUGCUAUCCCAAACAUUGUGCCCCAGAAGGAUCUGUCGGUUGCGAAGCCUUCGGCUCCGUCAAGCCGCGUUUGCCUGGACUCUGAUGAUCGUGAAAUUCUGGCCGUACUGCAAAAUCACGUCUCGCGCAUCACUUCCCAGAAAGAUCUCAAAGAUGCACCCUCUUCGCCGCAUUCAACCCGUUCGAAUAGGCCCUUCAGCAAAGCAUCGCAAGUGAUCGUCAUAGAUGAUUCUGAGGAUGAUGGAUUCGAGACAGUAAUGCCCGACAUUGGAGAGCCGGCUAGGUCGGCCUACAUCGAGCGCUUGCCGUCAUCUCGGUUUGGCGUAAAGGAUCAGACGGUUUUCGUAGUCGAGGAUGCUGAAGAACCAAAUCCAAGUCCGAGUUUCUUCGAUGAGGACCGUGGAAUGAUCUACUAUGAACGCUCGACGCACAUGGAAGAGCAGGUCUUCCGAUCUUAUUCGCCUGAAGUCGAGAUAACGGCAGUGACUCCUCCCAGAGCGAUUUCCACGACAAGGCAAGAGGUCGUGAUGGCGGACGGUGCGAGCGGCCUAUCUGUUCAGAAGCGACAAGCUCCCCUACUUCCCGCGCCGAUGACUGCGUCGCAUACUAUCGCAGAACCCAUUGCAUCCGCAACAGGGAGCAUGUCAGGGCCUUCUUCAAUCGUCAACAGCGCCGCAGACAACGACUCAAAUGAAAGCAUUGACAUCAAUGAACGACUAUACAUGUUCAUUCGCAACCAGACACAGUUGUACAGUCGUAUUUUGCGAUACGAGCCCCUGGAUUUUGAUGCGUUGUACACCCAGAUUACACAAUGCGAGAGUCUCGCCAGAUGCUCCCGGAAGGCGCUCGGGGCGUUUUUGGAUAGUAAGGCCAUCAACUAUGUCCUCCCUACAAAACCUGCAAAGCCCGGACAGAACAACCGCCGCCGAUGGAAAUGAACCCGAACUUCUUUCUACAUGGCGCAUAAGCUUUACAUCCGAGAAAGGCGUAUGAAGUGCGGAGCCUGAAACCAUGUUGUAGCUUACUUUUUUGGUUAAUACAGUUAUCGGAUAUUCAUGAUUUGGUUUUGGAAACUAAGGAA